UUUGGAAAAGAACUGCUGCUGAGGUUCAAAGAAACGAUCGAAGAAACACUAUUUACAUUGAAUUGCAUGUUUGCUUAUUCAUUCAUUUGUUCGCGUUCUUCGGAAUCCUCUUUGAUUCUGGCACGCAGAGAAUUGGACCAUGCCAUUGUUAUAUGUGUGUGUGUGUGUGUGCGUUUGUAGGUGAGAGACGAGCGACAGGUGAAACGUGAAUGGGGCCACGAACAGAAGCAGCGGCAUGAGCAACAGCAGCAGCAGCAGCAGUAGGCUACGACGACGACGACGACCAAAAAGAGUGAUAGAGAGAAGGAGAGUGAGCGAAAAGAAGUAGAAGAAGAAGUGGUGGUGGUGGUGGUGGGAUCGAAUGCAAAGGCAAAGCCACCUGAGCGCGGACAAAAACCGUUCUUGAGUCAGUCAGUCAGUGUCGAAUGCAGCAACAUGGCCGUCGCACGGUCCUCCACUCUUUAAGAUUGAGAAGAGAGACCAGAAGGACAUCAAGAGAAAAACCGAGGAAUAACAAACAACGAAACAUAGUGUGUGCAAAUCAGAUUAACAGAACGAAGGGCGGACACAUUGCGAAAGAAAAGAAAACAAACAGCACCAGCAGAAGCAACAACAACGAUAAUUAAAUGUAAUGAAAGGACGUGCGAGUGAAUUUUAAUUGUACGCUGAUUUCUCUCUUUCUCUCUCUUUAACAAUCUAUCUAUUUGUGUGUGCAACUUGGUGUCGCUCUCUCUCUCUGUGUGUGUGUCUCUCUUUUAAUCAAUCUGUGAGAGUCCGGUGUGCGGUGUGUGUUGUAAAUUGUGAAUUUGUGCAUUUGUGCAUUUUAAUUGAGCAAAAGGAAUUUGAUUGAAAGAGCAGGAGGAUCUUCUCCACCUCCUCACCUCACGCAGAAGAUAUUUCUUCGGGUUAUCAACGUUCGGAGAAUCCAAUCCGAUUCUCGCCUCAAUCUUGAGCGAGAGAUUUUGAUAGUUGGGUGUUGACUGGAAAAAGGAAGGAAGGAAGGAAGGAAGGAAAGAGGUUGAGAGAACGUGUGUUCGAGAGGGAUGUUGCAGAAUACGUACAAGGCUUACAGGCCCAACUUCUACGAGGGCACGUGUUUCCGAUGCAACGACACCGUGUACCAGGUGGACAGGGUCGGUCCACUCAAAGAUCUGACCUUCUUCCAUGGCGGUUGCUUCAAGUGCGCCGUCUGCGGCACCAAACUCACCCUGAAGACGUACUACAAUAACCAGCAUCGACAGGAGGACAAGGAGGUCUACUGCAGCAGUCACGUGCCGAAGAUCGGACCCGGACACCUGGACGGCUCCGCCGUGGGCAUACGUUCCGCACUGAACGUACCGAAAUCGAGCAACUUUGUCAACGAGCAGAUCCGAUGCCCGGGUCGCGGCAUCUUCGACGCCGAAGCUUUGAACGUCCGGACGACGCACGUGAACGGCGGCAUACAGCAGACGGCGUCUCAGCUAUCUCCAACGGGAGGCGGUGGUCCAGGAGGUGGUGGUGGUGUUGGAAGUAUCAUCAUCGGAGGUAUGGGGGUCGGAGGAGGAGGAGGAGGUGGCGUCGUGACUUACGAAUCGAGCAGACACAACAGUUACAGCCCCAGCUCGUAUCCAUCGCAGGGCGGUGAAUCUCCCGGUUACCAAUACGGAAGAUUCGAUGCUAGCGCCCUCCACAUCGCGCACGCCCUCAAGCAAACGGAGAUCCAGAAGGCCUACAAAACGCACACCGAGAAACCCAUCGACUGUUAUCUGGAUCGGGAUGAACAGAGGAAAUUGGAAAUGAAACAUCGCAAGGAGGAGGACGAUCUCUACAGGAAGUUCAAGAGGAACCGCGACGAAGAGGAGAAGAGGAUGCGCGACGAGAUAAUGGACGAAUGGGAGAAAGAAUUGCAAAGGCUGACGAACCGAUUCGAGCGAGAGAUGCAGGUGAAACGGAAGAGGGACGAUCAGAACGUGCUGACGUUGCGACAUCAGCAGGAGAAAGACGAUCUUGAGAAGAACAUGACGUUGCGCAGGGACAAGAAGAAGGAGUCGCUUACGAGGAAGAUGUUGGAACACGAAAGAGCGGCGACGGCGGCGCUCGUUGAGAAGCAGAGUCACGAAAUGUUAGAGUUGAUCAACGAGAAGCGAAGCGAGUAUAUGAUGGCCGAAUCUCUGUACCUGGAGGACCCGACCGAGGAGCUGGAACCGUAUCCGAGCCUCGCGCCUGACCCAGCUCCACCCGCCCUCUCCAAGUUCCAAAUCUACAGCGAUCCAAUCGAAUUCGCGAACGUCGACCAAAUUGCUAUUUCGGUAGCGCAAGAGGACCAAAAAUCGUUCACGGAUUUAGUCAGACAAUUGGUUGGCAGAUGUGGCUCGGACAUAGAGAAGGCUCGAACGAUAUUCCGUUGGAUCACAGUCAAGAAUCUGAACACGAUGUCGUUCGAUGACAAUCUGCGAGGUGAUUCUCCGAUGGGUUUGCUGCGCGGCAUCAAGAACGGCACCGAGAGUUACCACGUCCUCUUCAAACGACUUUGCAGUUACGCCGGUCUGCAUUGCGUCGUCAUCAAAGGUUACUCGAAAUCGGCCGGUUAUCAGCCGGGUGUUCGCUUCGAGGACAACAGAUUCAGGAACUCGUGGAACGCGGUGUACGUGGCGGGCGCGUGGCGUUUCGUCCAGUGCAAUUGGGGCGCCCGUCACCUGGUGAACGCGAAGGAAGCGCCGAAAGCUGGAAACAAGACCAAAUCUGAUAGCCUCCGUUACGAGUACGACGACCAUUACUUCCUCACCGACCCCAAAGAGUUCAUCUACGAGUUUUUCCCCCUGCAAUCCGACUGGCAACUCCUCAAGCAACCCAUCAAGCUGCAAGAGUUCGAAGAGUUGCCGUUCGUCCGUUCACUCUUCUUCCGUUACGGCCUCUACUUCUCCGAUCCGAACACGAAGGCGGUGAUGUACACGGAUUCGACGGGGGCGGCGACCGUCCGGAUAGCGAUGCCCAAUCACAUGCAGGGCAGCCUCAUCUUCCACUACAACCUCAAGUUCUACGACAGCGACGGCGACACGUUCGAGAGUGUCUCGCUGAAGAGGUUCGUCAUGCAGUCCGUCGGUGGCAACAUGGUCGCGUUCCGGGUGCACGCUCCUUGCUCCGGUGCAUUCCUCCUCGACAUCUUCGCGAACGCCGUCACUCCCAAGGAGUAUCUGACCGGCGAACCGAUGAAGUUCAAGAGCGUCUGCAAGUUCAAGAUCUGCUGCGAGGAGCUGCAGACGGUGAUGGUGCCGUUGCCGGAUUGCGCGAGCGGCGAAUGGGGUCCGACGAAGGCGACGAGACUGUUCGGUCUCGUUCCCAUCACGCAUCAGGAUGCGCUCGUCUUCGCAGGACGCGAGCUCGAGAUUCAGUUCAGGAUGUCGCGGCAGCUCACCGAUUUCAUGGCAACUCUGCACAAGAACGGCGUCGAGGAGAAACGUCUCUCGAAGUUCGUGUCGCACAGUAUCCUCGACGACAUCGUCACCUUCAACAUCAGCUUCCUGGAGGAGGGACAGUACGGUCUGGACAUCUACACCAGGGAGAUGGUGCCCGGUCACGAGAUUGUCGGCGAGAAGCAUCUGCUCACCCACUGCUGCAAAUAUCUAAUCAACUCGUCGAAACGCAACUGAAAUAACACAACCAACAACAACAACAACAACAACGCUAUAUACUCAUCAUACAUUCAUAUAAUAAUAUUACUACU